AUGUCGAACUCACCAAUGUCGUACUCCGAUGCAGUCAAGACGAAUGCGCCAGAUCCGGAGCCAGCUUCUCCACCACCUAAGCCCGUGACCCAAGCGGCUAUGUCGCCGGCAGAGGUGUCUGAAGCCACUCCACAAGACUCACCAGAAAGAACGACCAGUCAGAAGCCACCCGGAAAAGAGACUUGCUUCAGAUGGAACAGAGACGGUACUUGUCCCGAUCCAGCGUGUACUUAUUACGAAGUCUUCUUCCCCAUCAUCGUCAAUCGCGCACACGCGAACGGGAUCAAGAUUGAAACAUGCGAAAGGUGGCUAGAAGGCUCGUGCCCAUGGGCAGACGAUACGUGCGGUUACGCACAUGAGGUCGUCGACGACGAGCAGGCCAGACGUCGCAAGCGUGUUGAAAAGGCUAUUCUCCCGCAAGGAUGGCAUGCUGAGAUGAUACUGAAGUGCGAAAGUUGUCCUCAUGAGAUCGUUCAGGGUGCGGGUACCAACUCGUCGGUAGCUGUGCUCGCCAUGGUCGAACAUUGUAAGGGCUGCAACCAGAUGGGUAAAGGAGGGAAGUCGUCCGACACGGUUACGAUGCAGCCGAUUGGAGAUGGUCAGUCUGCUAAGGCGUUUCCGAUCCGACCAACGGAUUACAUGAGCAAGGAGAAUUGGCGUAAGCCUGACUCUGCAGGACCAGUGGGCUGA